AUGUCACAGCAGCAAGGCUCUUGGUUAAUGAACACCUAUGCUUCGUUCCAUAGAAGGCAUGAACGGCUCAAGAAUUACGUCCACAAUGGAUUCCGAUACCCCUUACCACCAUGGGGCCGAGCAGUGAUGGGCUUCGUCUACUUUUCACUCCCAGUGAUUGGUGGCUAUCACGUAAUGCAAUGGGCUAUCUCCAAGUCGCAUGAGGAAAUUGGAGAAAGAGGAGAAAAGCUACGGAACAAGCGCAUCGAAGGGAUUGGCGACAAAGUGGUGGUAGAUGAGGCCACCGGUCAAACAAAAAAGGUCGGAGCGGGUGGUUGGGGUGGUGGCGUCAAUUUGGCCGUCAGCAACGAAACCAUCCAAGAGCGCAAUCUAAGAAGGCUGAAAAAGUGGUUGAAGAAGCAGCGCAAAUUAAAAAGGAAAAGGGAGAAGGAAGAUGCUGCAAAGCUACAACAAACAUUAGCAAGCAAGAACACAGAUAGCUGA